AUGGCAGCCAGUGGUGGUAACAUUGAACUGUUUCAGAUUUUGAAAAAUCAAACACUCACUGUUUCACUUGAGGAGGGAAAAACUGUAGUACACAGUGCUUGUCAACAUGGCCGAUUAGAGCUGUGUUGGUUUCUUCUUGAAAGUUAUCCCCAUUUACUGAAGGUCAGAAACUUUCAUGGCGAUAAUACUUUACAUGCUAUUGCUUUGGGAGGUAACAUACAAUUACUGACGUUUCAGUUAGAGCAAGGUUUAGAUAUCAGAGAAAGAAGCAGUGACGGAAAAACUGUGCUGCAUCUAUGUUGUAUGAAGGGUAAAAUAGAAAUGUGUAAGUACUUAGUAACCAUGCAUCUUGAGCUAUUGAAUAUCACUGACAAUGAUGGUUACAAUGUUUUACAUGCUGCAGCUUGGGGUGGAAACAUCGAUCUGUUUAAGGGUCUGCAAGAGAAAGGUUUAGAUAUCAACGACAGAAGCAAUAAUGGGAAAACUUCUACAUCUGUGCUGUAUGAAUGGUAA